AUAAAUUUAUUUUCAUCCUCCAUUUUACUAUCACUUACACUCUUAAUUACCCCAUUUAUUAUUACAACAACUAAAAAAUAUGAAACACAUGCAUACCCUUACUACGUAAAAAACUCUAUCGCCUGCGCAUUUAUAACAAGCCUAGUCCCAAUGCUCAUAUUUCUAUACACAAAUCAAGAAAUAAUCAUUUCCAACUGACAUUGAAUAACGAUUCAUACUAUGAAAUUAUGCCUAAGCUUCAAGAUAGAUUAUUUCUCCACAAUUUUUAUACCAGUGGCCUUAUUUGUUACAUGAUCCAUUAUAGAAUUCUCAAUAUGAUACAUACACUCAGACCCCCAUAUUAACCGAUUUUUUAAAUACCUAUUGGUCUUCCUCAUCACCAUAUUAAUUCUAGUCACCGCUAACAACCUAUUCCAACUUUUUAUUGGAUGAGAAGGAGUGGGUAUUAUGUCUUUCCUCCUCAUUGGGUGGUGAUAUGGACGAACAGAUGCAAACACAGCAGCCCUUCAAGCAAUCCUCUAUAAUCGUAUUGGAGACAUUGGCUUUAUUCUAGCAAUAGCAUGAUUCUUGACCUACUCCAACUCAUGAGAAUUUCAACAAAUUUUUAUUACCACCCAUAACUCCGACACACUCCCCCUAUUAGGUCUACUUCUAGCUGCUGCAGGGAAAUCCGCACAAUUUGGACUCCACCCAUGACUCCCCUCUGCUAUAGAGGGCCCAACCCCAGUUUCCGCCCUACUCCACUCUAGCACUAUAGUAGUAGCCGGAGUUUUCCUACUAAUCCGAUUUCAUCCCCUUCUAGAGACAAAUAAAUUAAUUCAAACUAUAACACUAUGCCUAGGAGCCAUUACAACCCUCUUCACAGCAAUCUGUGCUUUAACACAAAACGAUAUUAAAAAAAUCGUCGCAUUCUCUACCUCUAGUCAACUGGGCCUUAUAAUAGUGACUAUCGGUAUUAACCAACCCCAUCUAGCUUUUCUCCACAUCUGCACCCACGCCUUCUUUAAAGCCAUACUAUUUAUAUGCUCAGGGUCUAUUAUCCAUAGCCUAAAUGAUGAACAAGACAUUCGCAAAAUAGGAGGACUUCUUAUAACCUUACCCUUUACCUCCUCCUCACUGCUCAUCGGAAGUCUCGCUCUCACAGGCACCCCCUUUCUCACAGGCUUCUACUCUAAAGACUUAAUUAUCGAAGCUGCCAACACCUCAUACACCAACGCCUGAGCCCUCUCUAUCACUCUACUUGCCACAUCCCUAACAGCCGUUUACAGUACCCGCAUCAUCUUCUUUGCACUUCUAGGCAAGCCCCGCUUUCCAACCUCAACAAACAUUAACGAAAAUAACCCCCUCCUAGUCAAUCCCAUUAUACGCCUAGCCCUAGGUAGCAUCUUUGCAGGCUUUCUCAUCUCAAACUCCAUUCCUCCCAUAACAAUCCCACAAAUAACCAUGCCACUAUAUCUAAAACUCUCAGCAUUUGCUGUAACUAUCACAGGAUUUACACUAGCCAUAGAACUCAAUAACCUCACGUAUUUCCUUAAACUAAAACGAAUUACUCAACCCCUUCUAUUCUCCAAUUUAUUAGGAUUUUUUCCAAUCACAACCCACCGUCUAUGUCCCCUUAUAAGUAUAUACACAAGCCAAAACACUGCCUCCUCACUUCUAGACCUUCUCUGAUUAGAAAAGAUAAUACCAAAAACCACAGCUAUAAUCCAUAUGUAUACCUCCACCACCACCUCUAGUCAAUCAGGUAUAAUUAAGCUAUACUCUCUAUCCUUUCUUAUUACGAUACUACUUGGAGCCCUUUUAACUAUUAUCUAA